CUCUAGCUCUGGUUCUCAUGUAAAUGAAUGUAGCUGAAUGAAAGAGGAAGGAUUUCCUCGAGCAUAAUCAGCUACACAAUCAAGCUGUAAACGCCGGUUUGAGCUACGGCAAUUGUACUGGACUAAUCUCUUGAUGCGGCAGCGGCGGUUACCUGAAACUCUUCUGAUGUCUCAUACUGGCGAUUCGUGUCAAUUGAGUAUGAAAACACUAGCAACCAUAUCACUACUCAUUUUCUCUUCAUCGUGUCUACUAAUAAUGAUCGAUGCCGUUAAUACUAGCAGCAAUCGAGUCAGAUCAUCCCAAUGGGACCUCCUUUCGUUACGUAACUUCUCAUCUCAGAUACAUAUCCACCCUCACAUUCUCAUCCUCGUUACAGUUCCCUGGUCCGGUGAAUCUCGGGCUCUUACGAAUGAUAUUUCACAGUUGGUUGCUAAUAUGCAAGAGAAGUUUGACAAUCUUAAAUUGAUGCUUGUAUACAAAAAUAGAGAAAAGAUUCUUACAGAUGCUUUAGGUGCUAAAGAUGGAAUUACAGUCAUAUACUGUCAUCAUUCUUUGUCUUACAAGUAUGAAGGAAGGCUUCGGGCGCAGAAUAUACUGUCUUCUGUUGAUUUUGUUAUGUCACUACCACCUGAAGAAUUUCCUCUCCAGUUGGUUAAAACAUCGGAGGAGUUGAAAUCGUUUGUUGAAUCAACCGAUAAAUCUUUACUGCUGGUGGAAUUCUGUGGAUGGACACAGAGGUUGUUGGCCAAAGCCAGGAAGAAUGCAACUGAGAAUUCUUUCGAUGAUCCUAGACCCGAUGAGAAGCUAAAUAGAUCGUGUGCAGCUGGCUGCAAAGAAAACCAGAAGGUGUUAAAUGAAAAGAUGUCGUGUGCUGCUCAAGACAAGAUCGGUCAGCCUCUUCCAUUCCCGGAACUUUUCUAUGCUAGUGAGAGCAACUCCUUGAAUGUUGACAAUCAAAAUGCUAGUAAUACACUUUCUUGUGGCUUUGAAGAGUUCCAGCGGUUUGAAUCUUUCUUCUCAGACUUAAUGACAAUGAUGAGACAAUCAUUUCUACCUCCAGAAAGGUUAAGAUUUGGUUUGAUAUCCGAAUCAUCAUUGCUUUCAUCAUUGGGUGUUGAAGAUUCUGGUUCCUGGUUUAUGAUGCUCCAAUUUGCUGGAUGUCCUAGUUGCUCAAAAGUUAUCAAGGACAUCGACAUAAUCAGAAGUGCACUGAAGUUUCCAAGCCAACUUCUCAUGGAGCUGGACGAUGAUGGCUACGAUCCUGUGCCUGUUUUACCUGUCCAUAAACCUUCACUGCUUCUCUUUAUUGAUAGAUCAUCUGACUCGGCAGACACGAGAAGAAAGAGCAAGGAAGCUCUUAAAUCUUUAAGAGAAUUAGCGUCGAACUAUCACACAUCAUCUCAAAUGAGCAAAAAUACCAUUGAGCCCGAGGUACUCUUAUCUGAAGCUCAUCAAGCAUCAAGGAGUGCCUCUAGUCACAGGUUAUCGAAGUUGCCUUUAACAUCUCAAAAUGUUGUAGCAACGGAUAAGCUCUCUAGGAUGAUUCUAAACAAGGGAACACAUCAUAGUAUAGAUAAAAUAGUUUCGCACUUGAAAGGCAGUUCCAUGAAUGAGAUUUUGUCAUUUGUGAUGCAGCAAGAGAAAGAGACCAAGUUAAGCAAACUUGCAAAAGAGGCAGGAUUCCAACUUCUCUCUGAUGAUAAAAACAUCAAGCUAUCAGAAGCUUUAUCUGUACAGCAAAAAACACUCCUGUCUGAUGAUAUAAACAUCAAGCUAUCAGAAGCUUUUUCUGGACAGAAAAAAAAACUUCGAUCUGAUCAAGUUUCUUCAGAUGACUUUCGCAAGAAGGUUGAGAUAUCUCUAUCUGCUGUAAUGUCAUCUCUGAAAGAUAAAGAAACAUCUAAAAGCUCAGUUUCCAAAGCAUCUAAUGCUAAGGAGGGAACUAUUAAUACUGGACAAGAGUUACAUGUUAAGCCCGACCAUGAUCAUGCUAAAGAGAGUUUAACUAGCUCUAGAGACGAGACAUCGGGGCAGAAAUACAGGUCGCACUUAGAGAAUGAACAUCAGUUUGAGGACUUUAGAGGCUCCAUUUUCUUUUCUGACGGUGGAUAUAAGCUGCUUAGAUCUUUAACUGGGGAUUCAAAUAUCCCUUUGUUAGUAAUAAUUGACCCCAACUCACAGCAACAUUAUGUCUUACCUGAAGAGGAAGGUUUCUGCUUUUCUGUACUAUCUAAUUUUGUUGACAGGUUUCUCAAUAGAAGUCUUCUUCCAUAUCAGCAAUCUGCAUCUACUAUUCCCAGACCUCGAGAGCCUCCACUUCCACCUUUUGUUAACCUGGAUUUUCAUGAAAUGGAUGCUAUCCCUCCACUUACCUACCAUACAUUCUCAGAGAUGGGCAUUGGAGUUAAUCAGUCUGAUUAUACGAAUGCUGAGCAAGUGUGGAGAAAAGAUGUUUUGGUUCUCUUUAGCAAUAACUGGUGUGGCUUUUGUAAAAAAAUGGAACUAGUUGUCAGAGAAAUAUAUCGGAAUUUUAAGCUCUAUAUAUCCAAGAUGAGAAAGGAAACUGGGGGUCAAACCUGUGUCUCUUCUUCCAAUGACAUGGAAAAUAUUAUUUUGAAGUUUCCUCUGAUAUACAAGAUGGAUUGCACAUUAAAUGACUGCAGUAUGAUCUUAAAAUCUGUGACACAGAGAGAGCUUUACCCGUCAUUGAUAUUGUUUCCAGCAGGAGGAAAGGAAGCUGUCUCUUAUAGAGGCGAUGUCUCUGUCGGGAGUAUAUUCAAAUUUCUUGUCGAUCAUGGAAAAAAUUCUGCCAGUCUUAUUCAUGAAAAAGGUCUUUUCUGGGGUAGAACAGAAAAGGGCAUGUCCCUUAAUUUUGAGGUAGAUCAACCACAUGUUGUGGUUCAUAAAGAAUCUUCCUUGAAGAAGGGCAACACCAAUAAUCAGGUUAAGAUUAGAAUAUCCUCAGACUCCCCAGAAAGGGACUCUCUGAUAGUGUCUGCCGGCAGUGUCCUUGUUUCAACCGACAAGUUGCAAAACGCAUACCCAUUUCAAGAAUCGAGGGUUCUUAUCGUCCAGGUGGAAAAAGGUAAACACUUUAUAGGCCUGAUUAUCAACAAACCCAUGAAUUGGAGUUCUAUACAGGGAAUCGAUAAACACUAUUAUGAACUAAUAAAGGAGGCUCAUUUAUCAUUGGGCGGUCCUUUGCCACAAAAUGGAGCACCUCUUGUUGCUUUAUCUAGGAAACCCUUUAAGGAUCAAUACCCAGAAAUUCUUCCAAACAUUUACUUUCUUGAUCAGUGGGCAACUGUUGGCGAAAUAGGAACGAUGCGUUCGGAAAAUCACUCUCUUUCUGAUUAUUGGUUCUUCUUGGGUUUCUCUAGUUGGGGUUGGGAUCAAUUGUUUGGGGAGAUCGCCUUAGGGGCUUGGGAUGUGGUUGGAGGUCCAAAUGUUGAAGAGUUGUUGGAUUGGCCGCGGUAAGUUAAAUUAAAUUAGUGGCCAUGAUUGUAUGUGGUUUUGGAUCUUUUUUUACCAAAGGGUUCUAUUGUCGACUAAUUAAACUAAACCCUAAACCGGUGUAUAAAUCUUGUAAGCCAUUCUUCUAUAUUUUUUUUACUCUUCUUUCCCAAAGAGAGCUUGUGGGAGAAUUUUAUAGGUUUGAUUAGUUUGAAACAGUGGUUCCAAUUAGUUUCUACAGGUAAUUUCUUAAAUGGGAUUUUACCAAUUUACCAACACAGAGAAUACUAUUUAAUAUUGCCUUAUUUGGUUUUGAGAUAAAUUUUAUUUGAAA